UGAUUGUGGAACUACGGUUGCUGAUCCUUUUUUUUAAGGUCGCUGAUAGUUGUUUGUUGUGUUCUUUUCCUUUUGUAUUCAAUUCUAACUUUGUUUCAUUUUGCAUCUUGCAGGGCAGGGCUUAACCUCUUAUCCGGGAAGCCGAGGAAGAACAUGAAUCACAGCUUCACCAGUCUCGGCUCAACACAGAUGAAAGUUCACUGCAAGCGGUCGAGAGGUCGUCCUAGCACCCUGAGCUCCAGGCUGGCCAGACGGGUGACCCAGCUGAAGCAGAAGGCCGCUGCCCAGCGGGGUGCCUCGUCAGCAGGCCCGCAUCGCUGCCGAGGGGCCCCAGGUGCUGGAGCCGACUCUGACGGUCACUGCAGACAGGGAGACGCAGGAGAUGCAUCAGGUGCACAGCAGGACUGGGCUCAUCAAACAGAGAGAAAGAGGCGGGGCAGGAAGCCAAAUAUUCUCCUGGGCGUGGCCUGUAAGAAACAGGAAGUGAGGGAGGAGAAGAGCGACAGCUACAGCUCCGAAAACGAGGAGGAUGACGAUGGCAGCUACAACAGUGAAGAGGAGACCUCCAACAUCAAGGUGACCUCGUUCUCUAAGGAGGCCCCCAGGAGACCGUUUGCGAUUGGAUCAUCUUCAUCUUCCUCCUCCAGACUUCAAGCCAAUCAGAAAGCCAGGAGAAAGAGAUCUGAACCAGCAGGUGUUGUGAGCCUGCCAAGUACAGUCGCCAGGAGAGCUCCAGGUAGACCAAGCCUUGUGAGCACAGAGAUGGAGCACCCGGAUCACCAGGGCUUCAAGAGGCAGUGUCUCCCCAGCUGGGGGGCUUCGUCCCUGGACAACAGCUUCAGCGAUGGCCGGGGUAACCUGGUCGCUGUGGCUGAUUUGCACAGGUUCAAUAAAGAAGCCAAGAGUUCAGAAGCACACGGCAUUCUGGGAAAGAGGAGAGACCAGUGGAUGAGAAGCCAGAGGGAGGAGAUCUUCCGGGGAUGUCGCAACAGAAGCAAGCAGGCCACGGGGCAUGCGGUGAGCCGCCUCCUUGAGAGCUUCGCCGCGGACGACGGCUUCCACCUCGACGAGGAGAGCAGCUUCUCUGAGGAGGAGGAAGAGGAGGAGGAGGAGGAGGAGGAAGAGGAGGAGGAGGACCAGGACCUCCUUCCUCCCAACAUGCCCUCUAGAAUACCUGCGCUGCCUAACUGUGUGCUGAGUAAAGAGAUGCUGGUGGACGGACUGAAGAUCCUGAUCUCCAAGGAGGACGAGCUUCUGUACGCUGCCUGUGUCCACACGCUGGACCUGCCCGACAUAUUCAGUGUGGUGAUAGAAGGAGAACGCGCCAACAGGCCCAGGAUCUACUCUCUGGAGCAGCUGCUGCAGGAAGCUGUGCUGGACGUGCGGCCUCAGAGCGAGUCCAUCCUGACGGCCGGGACCAGGGUGUGUGCGUACUGGAGCGAGCGCUCCCGCUGCCUGUACCCUGGAUACGUUCAGCGAGGGGGUCCGGGCGAGGAGGAGAAGGGGGGCAGUGUCAUGGUGGAGUUUGACGACGGCGACCGGGGACGGAUCUCUCUCCCCAACGUCAGAGUGCUCCCCCCAGGGUACCAGGUCCACUGUGCGGAGCCAUCGCCGGCUCUUCUCACCUCAUCCGGUCGCCGCGGGAGACGGAGCUCCGCCAAGGACAACAGGGAAACACAGCUGGAAAAAUCAACCAAUGGGGAGGCCGCAGGGAGGCCCCAAGAGAAGAGGCCAGUCGGGAGGCCCAAGAAAAUCCCCAAGAACCCCACCGGCGUGCCGGCGGUGCAGGGGGCCGCGACCAAGACGGCCGCCAGCCCCCUGAGCUGGUCCGCCCCCAGGAAGAGACCCCCGGUGGACUUCUUCCUCUUCAACGGGACGUCCCGGAAGACCCAGCGCAGGAUCCGCGAGCGGGACCUGGGGAUCUUCCAGCGGCCCUCCCCCCACCCUGCUGCCGCCGCCGCCGCCGCCGCCGCCGCCGCCGCCACCUCCGCCACCUCCGCCGCCGCCGCCGCCGCGCCCCUCAAAGGCAUCUUCGGAUCCCCGUUCGAGGUGGACUCCUUCAGCAGCAUCGCCAACGGUUACGCAACCUUCGCGGGUGCCGGUGGGAAUUCCGGCGGGACGCGGCCAGUCGGCGCGGCAACCGGGACCUCUCUGGGCGGUCUUCUGGAGUCCGCCCCGUCUGUGUCCUCCUCCUCCUCCUCAUCCGCCGGCGGGGUGGCGACGCCGUCCGCCGUCGCGGUCCGGAAGCCCGCCAACGAGCGCCACAAGAGGCAGUUCCUGGUGAAGCUGGACCACGAGGGGGUGACGUCCCCCAAGACCAAGAACAGCAAGGCCCUGCUCCGGCUGGGCGGGGGCGGAGGGCGGGUCGGGAAGUCCGUGGCCGCCACGGGAACACCGAUGCGGUACGCCCACCCGACGCCGCCGGCGAAGGACGGGAAGAAAGGGAGAGGGCCGAGGGAGGUGGGCGUGGUCAAGUCGCACCCCCUGCCCAAAAGCGCCCAGCACGUGAGCAAGGGGCUUCUGUCCAGCAGCCACGGAGGGGACUACAGUCUGGACUACGCCAGCGACGGCCCGAGCUCGUACUCAGAGCUGGAUGAAGACGACGACGAAGAGGGUCAAGACCGCGACAGGCGAAGGAGCGCUGAAACCGCAGCCGCCGCUGCCGCCGCCGCCGCAGCCUCGCUGCCCGGCGGCCGCUUCCUCUCCCGCCUCUCCCUGUGCUCCUCCUCCUCCACCUCCUCCUCCUCCUCCUCGGGCUCCCUCUCCUCCUCCUCCUCCGUCUGCUCCUCGGACAACGACUCCUCCUACUCCUCCGACGAGGAGUCCUCCUCGGUGCUGCUGCGCCGCGCGCUCCUCCAACAGGACAAGCACAAGCGCCGGCAGCACCUGACCUCCAGCCCGCUGAGCCCCGACCCCGCCGCCGCCGCCGCCGCCGCCACCUCCGGCCCCCCUCCGUCGGCCCCGCCCCCGCCGCCGCCGCCGCCGCCGUCGUCGUCGUCCCACGCCUACGCGGCCAAGGCCUCCCUGGCCGUGUCCGGGUCGGGGCAGGGCAGGGCGGAGAGGACGGAGGACAGGCAGGAGUACGUCUCCAGUCGCGGUGUCGCGGCCAACAAUAGCGCGGCCAAAUCCCAGGUCAAAAAGAAGGAGGGCGCCCUGAACUCCCACCCGCCGGGCCUCAACCAUCCAGGGAACCAGCAGCCAAAGCCCGCGGCCAAGGAGCAGUCGUCGGCCAAGCGGCAGAGGAUGUCCUCCCCCGACCCGCUGACCCGGGUGGCGCCGCACCUGCCAGGACGACAACUGUGGAAAUGGUCGGGUAACCCCACGCAGAGGAGGGGUCUGAAGGGCAAAGCCAGGAAGCUCUUCUACAAGGCCAUCGUGCGGGGCAAGGAGACGGUCCGCGUGGGGGACUGCGCCGUGUUCCUCUCCCCGGGCCGGCCCCAGCUGCCCUACGUGGGCCGGGUGGAGAGCCUGUGGGAGUCCUGGAGCUCCAGCAUGGUGGUCCGAGUCAAGUGGUUCUACCACCCAGAGGAGACCCGCCUGGGCAAGAGGCACCGCGACGGCAAGAAUGCUUUGUACCAGUCUAGCCACGAGGACGAGAACGACGUGCAAACCAUUUCCCACCGCUGCCAGGUGGUCGGCAGAGACGAAUACGAGCACCUGAUUCGCCGACGCAAGCCCGGGGGCAUGACCAACGACCUGUUCUACCAGGCGGGAACCUACGAGCCAACCACAGGCCAGCUGGUCAGCGCAGAGGGAGUGGCUAUUGUAUCCUAGCAACCCACCUGCUUGGGGAGAAGGAUCAGGGCGGUGAUGUCCGUCCCCGGCGUGGCGCGCGCUCCGUCGAGUGCAGUCUGUAGAGGACGCUCUUCCUGAUGGACAGGGGGAGGGCGGGACUAACAGACAGCGGAGAUGUCCUCUACCCAAAACACCAAUCGGAGAUGGAGCUGCACCCCCCCUGUAGGAUGACGCCCACAAGCGCUGCUGAUGGCAGGGGGAAGAUCAGCAAGAUAAUGAGGGAGAAACCUGCAUUGCAAGCAGGGAUCUUUUGUAUAGCUCUUAUCAGAAGUGGGCCGUGGUGCGGGGAACCUCAACCAAACCGGUUUGGGAGGUAAAAAACGAAAAACAAUAAUCUGUGUGCCGUUGGAAGCACGGAUCUAAGCGGGAUCUAAAACACAAGAGCACUUGGGGUGCUGAACGAGGUGGUCGCCACCUCCACAAGCACUGGAAUGUCUACGAUGAAACACUGCAGAGCCUUUUUACAAACACGACCGAUUCAAACCAAUACUCUCCUCAGACAAACAGAGGAGUGUGUCAUGAAUGUGCAGAGAGAGAGAGAGAGAGAGAG